AUGUACGGAACGCUGGCUCUUUUCGACUUUUCCCUUUUUCCAGAUCUCACCUACUUCGACCUGAAUGGUAACUAUUUCCGAGGGCAUAUACCAUCUGCCAUUGGAAAUCUCUCCAGGCUCACAACUUUGGACUUGGGCAACAAAUUUUAUGAAAAGCCUCAUAACCAAUUCACUGGCCCAAUUCCGGACAGUAUAGGUUUGAUUUCUGGUCUUCAACAUGUUGAACUGAGUUGGAAUCUUCUGGAAGGGAAAAUUCCACCCUCUAUAGGACAACUCAGGGAGCUCCAGUACCUUGAUCUUUCAUGCAACUCAUUAAACUCUUCAGUCCCUUUUGAGCUUGGUCUUUGUACAAACCUCUCCAUCUUGUCCCUAUCUUCCAAUAAACUCAAUGGCAAACUGCCUCUGUUCUUGUCCAAACUUAAAAACAAUAGCUUUAGCGGAACCAUUUCAGCAGAAAUUGGGCUGUUGACACAAUUGCAGUAUCUAAGCCUUCAUUCCAAUGAAUUCAGUGGAGAGUUGCCAAAUGAAACGGGAGAUCUAAUGUCGUUAUCCACACUCGAUCUUGGCAUAAAUCACUUGACAGGGGAGAUUCCUUAUAAUCUAGGUUCAUCAGGUAUAUUGGACCUCAAGCAACUUUCAUUGUCUAAUAACAAUUUGACAGGGGUAAUACCAACUCAUCUGUUUCUCGCCGUAGGAUUAACAGGUUUGGUCACCUUGGAUCUCAGCAGAAAUUCACUAUCGGGUGCAAUACCAUCAGAAUUGCGCAUGCUCACAAGAUUACUGUAUUUCAAUGCCCCACACAAUAAUCUCUCAGGCGAAAUCCCAUCAGCAUUAGAUCACAUGUUGUCUCUAAGUGGCUAUGACUUUUCAUAUAACAAAUUGACAGGGCCAUUCCCAACUUGUGGCAUUUUCAAUAAGGCGCCAAAAAGUGCUUUUGUUGGCAACCAUGGCUUGUGGAGUCAUGCAGAGGGACUAACUGAAUGUAAGUCCUCCAGUACAACUUCCAAAAGUGCUAACAAGAAUAUAGUAUCUGUUUUCCUUUUUUCCUUUUUGGGUUUCGCAACGGUUGCAAUUGCCAUUGCUUUCUUUCUUAUGUUUCACAAGAGGUCCAAAAGCCGGCCUCAGGUAAUCAAAACUUCUCAAAAGUUGGAGGAUUAUGAAUCAAUGAUAUUGCAAGAAGAAGUGAAAUUCACAUUUCGGGAAGUUGUCAAGGCCAUAGACGACUUUCAUGAGAAACACUGCAUUGGGAGAGGUGGAUUUGGAAGAGUAUACAAGGCAGAGCUCGAAUUAGGUCAAGUUGUUGCAGUGAAGAGGCUUAACACGAAUGACUCUAAUGACAUUUCAGCAAUUAAUCUCCGAAGUUUUGAGAAUGAAAUCCGAACUUUGACAACUAUCCGGCAUCACAACAUCAUAAGGCUAUAUGGCUUCUCUUCAAGGAGGGGUUGCAUAUUCUUGCUUUACGAAUACUUACAGAGAGGUAGCCUCGGAAAAGCAUUGUAUGGGGUAGAAGGCGUUACUGAACUCGGGUGGCCAACAAGGGUAAAAAUUGUGCAAGGACUUGCUCGUGCACUUUCUUACCUGCACCAUGACUGCUCACCACCAAUUGUUCAUCUUGAUGUAACUGUCAAUAAUGUAUUUCUCGAGCAGGAUUUCGAGCCCCGACUCUCAGAUUUUGGAACAGCAAGACUAUUGAGUAUUGAUUCAUCCAAUUGGACCAACAUUGUUGGUUCGCUAGGAUACAUGGCGCCAGAGCUUGCAUAUAUUAUGCAAGUGACGGAUAAGUGUGAAAAUGUAGAGUUGCUUGUGAAAGAUGUGUUAGAUCAAAGACUAGAGCUUCCAGCCAAUGAAUUGGCAAAGGCAUUGGUGCUUGUAAUGAGUAUAGCAUUGGCUUGUGUACAGACGCGUCCUGGGUUGCGUCCGACAUUGCAUUUUGUGUCACAGAAACUAUCAACUCAGAGUCUUUCUUGCCUUCCCGAGCCAUUUGGUAUGCUUACCAUCAAGAAGCUAUCGGCCCUAUAA